GUUGUGUUGUGUGGCGCUGUGAAGAGCGAGCGAGAGGAAUCGGAAGAAGGAGUUCGCCAUACUUGACUUGGUUUCCCAGAACUGCUUCAGAACAGCACCCUUUCAAAUCGAAGCCCCUUUUCACCACUUUUUGCUCUGUUUGAAUAUCGCAUGUCCAGGUGAGCGACUACUUCAAACGAAAACCUUGGCAGUGAUCUGUGAGGAUCUUGCUUUGCAAAUACAUUUCUCGUCGCCACGUGUGUCGGAUGUAAAGGAAAUUCUGGAUUAUUUCUUUCAUAAUAAUUCCUGGAAGUGACUAGUGUAACUCCAAGUCAAUCUGUUUUCUUGUUUACUAGUUCUGGUUUGGUUUGUUUGGUGUUUCUGGUGCUUCACGUCAUAAAAAGCGUUUUUAAAGACACCGAUAGUUAGCCAUUAUCAGCGCCCUCUUUUUAACUGGUGUUGGUUGAAUCGCUCCUUCCUGCCAGUCAACUUUUCGUGUGAAGAGCAAAUUUUGUGAGGAGGAAACCUCGCAGCAAAGGAGUUCUGGUGACGUUUUCUCGAAACUUGUCUACUGGAUUGGUCUUUGAGCCGUAUGAGUUCAGCUAAAACCAAGAAUUCCGCUGAAAGUAUAGUCAGUACAACACCAGACGACGUGGUAGGUAUUCUUUAAAUUUUGUAGACAUUUCGAAAGUGAUGUUUUUAAAAUCAUAUUUUUAGCGCAGUUUUUCUGAUAAACCCUUUUCUUGAUCUUGGAUGGGUGAUCCGGGAAAUUAAUGGCAUGACAAACGGCUCUAUUUAAUAAUAUUUUGAGCGAUCUCUUAUCCAAUAUGGCUAGCAAGGCAAAUCUUUAUAAAGCAUAUAAUACCUGCAUAUGCUUGUCCUCCACAGUUCAUGUUAAAAUAUUACUCACAGUCAUAGAAUUAAGACGUUAGAAUCCUCUAUUUAAGAUUCUUCGGCGCAGCCUUAUCAGUUAAGCUCUUUUAUACUGGCCAUAAUGCCUUGGACAAGCCAUUUUGUACUUUGUUUUCUCCGAAGUGUACUGUUGCUUCAAACGUUACCUACAAUAUUUCGUCACACGAAAAUUUCUCUCGGUUUUCGUUUCCUUGCAACCGUGGUUUGGGCUUAGAAAGGAAAGCCAUUCAGUCCUGAACUUCCGGAAAAAAACUUGGGAGAAACCCUUUAUAUUUUUAGUUGUAUAAUAUACCCCGAUUUCUUCGAAGUAAGUCGAUCGAGAAUAGCAAACGAGCUGUGAUCUCUUCAUAGGAUCGUAAGACCAGAAUAUUAUCGGUUUUGUCGCCCAUAAAUAAGGUUUUUUUCGUAUCAUCCUCCUUAAAGGCGCUUGUGUUAUUUUUAGCCAUGUUUAAUUGAAGAUUUGAUAUUUUCCUUCCUUUUUUAAUGCCGGAACAUUACUCAAGCUGCGAAUCUGAACGUAAAUCGUUGUUUUGUGUUACGUUUUUUUCGAGUUUGUUUGUUUGUUAGAGUCCAUAGAUUGUCCUCGCAACAAGAACACAACUCGCUCUUUAUUUGUGAUUAAUCUUGAAUUGAGUGCAAUUUUAUUCCAUCAAGAGUAACGAGAAAAUAUUUCUGGUACGUUGAGUUUGUAGCAGUUAACUUAAAAGUCGUUAACCGUUUUGAUACAAAUAUUUUCUGAAUGUGAACCUCUACUCGACCUUUGGUGGGAGGGUUUCUUUUAUUGCGGGCCCAAAUUCGACCGUGUGAGCUGUUUAUUUGCGCUACAGAUGUUUUUGUAAGGAUUAGUUUAUUGGGGAGUACUUUGAAGGAUUUUUUAUUUAAAACACUCCUCAUCUACUUAAAAAUAGUCUGAAAUGUCUGUUAUAAUAGUGAUACAUUUAUUGUUGGGUAACAGGAUUUCCUAUACUUUGAGGUACAAUUUUCUAAUCUAGAAAACUCUGUUCUUCCUACAGCUGAUAUAUUCAUAAAAUUUCUUUUCUAGGUUGGCCAGUCAAAUGCCAAAGGGUCUCUGAACCCUAAUGCUGCUGUCUUUGAUUGUUUAAGGUGGGAUGUUUAAAUCAAGUUAGAAAACACAUCUUUUGGUUUCUUGUUUUUGUCAUGGCUUUAAUGAGUCAUUUGUGAUAAUUUGAAAACAAAAGAUUAUCACUUGUGAUUGUGGUUUUUAUAGCUGGUUAAUUUUUUUUAGUCAUGUCAUACAUGUAUAAAUAUCUUAGUUUUGACAUACUGUACCUUAAUUAUCCAUCAUAUAUAGAAGCCUUUGUUGUACAACUUUGUUACUAGGUUUUCUGCACAGAAAUUUUGCUAUGGAUUAAUUUGUUUAUCUUAAGAUAAAUGUUAUAAGGACAUAAAUUUACACCCUCAGUGAGGACAUGCAACAUAAUUAACUCUCGUGUAUAGAUUGGUUUGAAGUUUCUCUGUUCCUCAAGCAAAAAUUUAAUAAGCAAGUAUGAAAAUUUCUGUCAGGUUAGCAGUAAUGCAACCAAAUUGCUACGCAAGGUUAUGUCUCAUCUAUAAUCACAAAAUUAUAUUGAUGUUGUGGUUCAAUUUUAUCCUUGGUUUAAAUUUUAUUUUCCUUUGUUUCAAACUCAUUAUCAUGCAUUACCAUACCCAAAAACAAAGGGAAAUAAAAUUUAAACCAAGGAUAAAAUUGAACCACAACAUAGUUGAGACUGUGAUCAAAUUCUUUUUUUGGAACAACAAGCCUGCAAAUAACAGCUAGUCAUCGGUCAAUGACCCACAAAUUUCAGAUUUUGACGGGUAAAAGCUUGGCCUGGUCUGUCACUCUCUCUUCCUUCUUUCCUUUUUUUGACCUACCAGACUAGUGUCUUGACCCACAAAACCUGGUCCUUGUCUGGUCAAAUGAUCACCCUAUAUCCAAAAGUUAUUUGCGGGCUUGGAACAAUGUAUUAAAAAAUAACAUAAAUGCAUGCAUGUAUAUUUUAAAUUGCACAUGAGAAUGAGGGCUUGAGUUAAUGGCUGUCAACAGACAAUGCCCAGUCAAAAGUAGAAGUUGUUCCAUUGUACCACACUAGACUGUGGGACAGAAAGCAUUAAGAUGGAAUCCACCCGAAAAUUGAGUAACUUUAAUUUCCAGUGGACAAAAACCUUGUACAAGAAUAAUUUAAAGAAUAUUGCAUUCUUUUUUAUAUUUUUCAAGGGCUAAAGAUGUAAUUAGUCAUCUGUAAUAACACUAAAGAAAAUUUCUUAUGAGUGCCUGAGAAAAUGAAUGUCAAAUUUCACAAAAUUACAUCUUACACAUGAAAUGUUCAAAAUUUUACCUGUGUUUUCACAAUUCUUGUGAAAUUUGACAUUCAUUUUCUCGGGCUACCGUAAGAAAUUUUCUUUGGUGUUACUACAGAUGACUCAUUGCAUGUUUAGCCCUUAAAAAAUUUUAAAGAGAAUGCAAUAUGCUUUAAAUUAUUCUGGUACAAGCCUUUUGUCCACUCAAAAUUAAAAUUACUCGAUUUCCUGGUGGAUUGCGUCUUAAUUAUAUUCCAUGAAUUUCUUCUUGAGCUAUUGCUUUACGAAGUUUUAAUGGCCAAAAAUGAGUUGUGUCCAAGCAAAAGCAAGUUUGAUUGGACAGCAUGAUUGCCACUUACCAGUUAGUUAUUUCAAUCCCCGUGUAUUGGAAUACUGCUUUUCUGUUUCUGUAGUUUUUAUCACUGUCUAUUUUAGAGUUAAGUCCCUUUAAUUUGCUUUGCAGUUUAGGCAUCGGUGUAUUUACAUAUAAUAUAGAAUUGAUUUAUGGUGAACUUCCUAAGUAUCCCCCACUUUAGAAAACAGAAGGAAACUGGAGCCAGAAUGUCUGGGAUUAUUACUGGGGAUGUGCAGGUCAGCUUUUGGCCAAUUUUUUUUUUCUAUCCUUAUUAACAGUCCCAGAAGUCUGCGCAAAAGUUCACUUGGCCCAGUCUCCCUCUUGUUUUUAAAGUGGCAAAUUGUUAAUGAAUUAUUUUUUCUGUUACAGUCACAUGACACUUUCUGAUGGUACAGAUGGUUCAGUUGUUACCCUUGUCACUCCUCCAGUGACUCCCCCUGAUCAAUGGCCAGAGACUGCUCCUUCUAAUGAGCUGCACAAUAUGCAGUACAGUCCUAAUGCAGCAAUGAAUGGCUAUGGUCCUUAUAGUAACCCAGUUACCCCAGAAGUCAUGCCUGUUCCUUCGGAAUUGUCGCCUGAUAAGCUUCCUAUUGAAGAAUUGAAAGUUCUUCUUAGACAUCAGUUGGAGUUCUACUUUUCCAGGUAAUUAAUUUGCAGGAACAUGUUAAAACACUCAAGGAACAUUAUUUUACUUCCACAUUUACCUUCAACUGAGAACAUCUUAGAGUCACAUGGAAGGAUGGGUUUAGAUAUUUCCUGUAGUUACAUAAUGUCCAGUGUAAUUUCCUGUUCAGAAGUUAAUUUUCCUUGUCAUUUUUUAAAUUUGCAGGGAGAAUUUAGCAAGUGAUACCUAUUUAGGUAAGCUGCAUGUAAGGUCCACAAAAUUCAUCGCUUUAAUUUCCCUGACAUCACUUGCCAGCAAAACUUGUAACAGCAAGCAAAAUGACAGUGGUGUUUCAAAGAAAGUGAGCGGCUGAAAAUUCCUGUUAUAUCAAAAACAUGUAUAGAAGUGGUGUCUCUGGAUAUUGUAAUCUUUUAAGCAUAACUUAAAUAGCCAUGCUGUCAAUUCCCUUUUAGAUUAACACCACAAAGGUAGUCAAAUUGUCAAAUAAAAUGACUGAAGAGUAGCGAAGACAAAUCUAUGUCAGAGCUGUCAUUAGGGGCCAAAACUUAUAACACUUGUCACAGCUGAGCUUGCCUAGCAUUAAGGGUGAUCAAAGUAGAAAGAUAGAGAUGAUAGUAUAAACUUUUUGAGGGAUGUUAAGAUAAGCGACUUUAUUUAACCAGGGUUACAGGUAACAGUAAUUAAAAUCACUGAUAAACUUGUGGCCCUCUAAAAAUAAAUUAAAAAAUACAAUGAAAUGAAGUAAAAACUAGCGAUAGGUGCAGGUGAAUCUUCAUUUGCUUGGCUGCUUCAAAAUUUAGCGAGAGUCCUUUGGGUGUCUGUUUCAGAUCUGCUAUAAAGAGGUGUCCAUUAUAAAUGAGGGGACCUGACUGCAUUGUUCUAAGAAUUUUAAAAAUAACUUUUCAAAGUGUUGUUCUUGAUAUUUUAUUUUGGAGUCUCCCCUUUAUUAAGAAGGUUAUGUGAGUUCAAGCAUUAUACAUUUUUUUAUGUCAAUUAUUUUUUUUGUUUCUCUUUUGUAGUUUCUCAGAUGGAUGGUGACCAAUAUGUUCCCAUAUGGACCGUAGCAAAUUUUAAUCAGGCAUGUUACUGCUUUUUGCUGAAUGUCAACCAUUUUCAUCCUUACAUUAUUGCCCUGUGGUUUUGUACUGUACAGUUUUCUUAAAAAAUUUCUUACCAACUUAAUCCAAAAUGACAGGAGGCACAAUAGUAAUACUAUGUAGAUGUCUUGCAGGUUAAAAAACUGACAAAGGAUCUUGACCUUGUAAAGAAUGUCAUGAGAGGUGAGUCUUGAUUGUCACUUUGUGAUUUUCCUCAUAAGAACACCUUCUUGAAGAAUUUGCAGCUAGUUAUGAUCCCAGGGCUCAAAGUAAUUUUCAGACAGUGGCAGGACACGAUGACUGGCCAAAGAAAUUUUCUCUCGGUCAAGCCUUGUUUCUGACCGGUCAAAGUAUUGGAAAAAGGUUAUCCUGGUGUUAACUUAUUCUUUUCGAUUGGUGAAAGUAAUUUAAUGUAUUUUUACAAAGAGACAAAAUCUAAGAUUUACAGGUGAGGAUUUGGCUGUUUGUGCAAGAAUGAGAGUAUGCAUGACCAGUCAACAUGUCCCACGAGUGAAGGUUUUGGCUAGUUAAGUCACCAUCCAGGUUGGACAUUGUCUGUUGACAGGCCGUUAUUUUGAGCCCUGGUCCUUGCUGUUCCUUUGUCAUUGUCCUUGACACUUAUAACCAGUACCAGAAGUCUCUUAACUAAGAGAGAUUAGAAAGUUAACAUCAACCCGCAAGAAAGGUUAUAAGCCAAUUUUUAGCAUAUGUCAUGCAAACCUAGUCCCUUUAGGGGGAUUUUAACUUGGCUUCUUUAUAAUUGUAUUGAGUUUUGUUUGGUACAGAAUCUCCAAAUUUACAAGUUGAUGAGUCGGGAGAAAAAGUUCGACCAAAUGUAAAAAGAUGUAUAGUUGUUCUGCGGGAGAUUCCUGAGUCAACUCCAGUGGAGGUAUGGUGUUCCAAAAUCCUUUUGUUACUAUUAAAUGUUCUGGUAAAACCAGGUACCGGAAACUUCCGCUUAUAAGCCUUGGACUAUAUGCAUGUUUGAAAGGGGUUUUCGGAGGGUUUAAUUGAGCUUUAAAUUGUCAUAAUGGAUCAAAUUCAAGAAAAGAUCGAUAAGGAGUGGGGGGAAGCUUAUAAUGGGAUGUAUGGUAUUCAGGGCUGUCAUUAAAAUUUCAAGUUGCCGGGCUAAUGAUACAAGUAGGCGGGGAAUCCAACAGCUAGGGAUUUUGAUUUUGUUUAGUUCUGUUUUUCUUUGACAGUGGAACCCCGUUAAUAUGGUCACCAAUGGGAUAAAAAAAAUUUGGCCGUAUUAAUGGGGUGGCUUCAAUAAUUUGCAAAUGUUGACUAGGUGAUGACCCUAUAACCUUAAUUAUUUUAUUUUAGGAUGUUAAAGCCCUUUUUUCUGGUGAAAACUGCCCCAGCUGUACCAGAAUUGAUUUUGCACAUAACAACUACUGGUAUGUGCAGUUUGAUUCAGAGGAGGAUGCUCAAAAGGUAGGAAACUACUGAGGCAAGAAAGUUUGGUCUAAAAAUUCCAGCAUAGGAGCAUUUAACCUAAAUAAUGUAACCAAUGUUUGUAAGAUUCACCCCACCAAGUCACAGGGAAUAGGUAAAAAAAGGAUGUGAGUAUUGUCCAUUUUGCCCUUACAUUUCCAGCAUGCUUCAAUUUUGAUUUAUCACGCCGUAAGCAUGCUGUUUAGCUGCCAAAAUAUAUCUGUGACUUCAUUUCGUGACCCACCAUUGCAAUGGAUGGCGGAUUCUCGAUGCACAGAAAAGUGACGUGGGGAAAUGAGAGAGAGAUGUUUGCUGGCUAUUCUUUCAGAGCCAAGUGAACAGAUUAUCACAGAUUUAAUUCUUUCAAGAAUACUGCCUUACCCAAUUAGAGGCAAAGGCUGCUAACCUCCUGGUACUCUAACCAGUGACAUCAGCCUUGUCUAAAAGCAACUGGGGCAUGUGAUGUCAAACAAUGCCUAUUUGUGAGCAUCACAUCAUGGAUCUUGACAGGGGUGGAAUGAUGGUGAUGAUGAUGAACUGACAAUGUGGUGAUCACUAAAUUGUUUUUCAAACUUGUCUUACAGGCAUACAGAUUCCUCCGCGAAGAAGUGAAGACCUUUAGAGGCAAACCUAUUAUGGUACAGUUUAUUUUACUUUUAUGAUAUUAAUGAAACAGAAUGCUGAGGUAAAGUGAUAAAAUUUUUUUGUGCUAAGCAAUUGUCUAUAAAUGCUUUCAAUCCGUAGUGGGUCCAAGGAUUGAACAUACAGCUAUGUACACUUAAGACAUUUCGGCAAAAAACAUAAUCACAGGAAAAUUGAAGCAGGGUAGCGUUGGAGAACAACAACCCACUCCCCUCCUUGUAGACACAAGUGUAAAACUGGAAUGACUAGUGCAAGGCUGUAAAGGUUGGGCAUCAGACCAUCUCGACUAGCUUUUUGCGGCAUAGGAAGGUGGCCCAAGACUUUGUCUGAAGCCACAAAACCUUGUGACUGAUGUGAUUGAAGUAUAGCAUUAUAUAGGUUGUUUGUAAUAUGUGAUGAAUAAUGAUCAUUGUGUAUUUUACACAUUACUUAUUGUUGAUCAAUCUCUUCUAGGCCCGAAUAAAAGCGAAGCCAAUCCACCAAAGCAAUAAUUAUAACAUGCCAAAAAAUGGACUCAGACAAGUAAGUACAACUUUGUAAAAUACAGUGAAACCUUUAUUAGGCAGACAUCAAUGGGGCCUUCGCUGGAGGUGUCAGCUAAAUACAGGUUUGUUUUAUUUAAAGUAUGGGUAGAAACAUUUGAAACAUACUUACCUAUUUAUCCGCUCAAUACAGGGUGUGCACUUAUUGUGAGGUCUUCUUACUACAAGUUUCACUGUAUGUUGCCCCAUAACCCUAAUUUUACAUGCUUUUUUUGUUUGAAUCUUGUUUAAAUUUCCAUGCAGUGUUAAAACUAACAGGAUUAAAGAGUAGAACAGCUUAAAGCUUUCAAGUUGUUUUCGUUGACUAGUUCAUAAAACAAAAUGUUCUUCUUCUACAGCAACAAGUAACUGAACCACCAGCCACUUACAACCAGCAGCAUUUCCAGUUCCCUCCUCCUGCAGUUUUUAAUGGUCAGCAGGUAUGAGCAGUUGUUUUCUCUCCCUGAUUAGGCUAAUGCAACUGUUCAGCCAGAGGACUUGUAUUAAACUGAUGGAUUUUUCCAGUUUAUGCUUUUGAAUCAAGAGGAGAUGUCACUUAAGGCCUUUCCACACCCAUGCCUUCAUUAUUUGAAGGGUUACUUGAGUUAAGCCUCGGUUGAUUUCGGUCAGCUGCUAGAUUUUCCAUCUAAUUUGCGUUAAGGUUCUUUUAUCUACGUAGGUUGAUUCUCAGUUUUCUUUGUCUCUGAGGGCUAAAAAUUAAGAGACAAAGGGAAUUGAGAAUAAACCUAGGUUAAAUCAGAAUUAACCUGAAAUCAAGUUUACCAUGUUACAUGUAGACCUGUGACUCAAAGUGAGAAUUUGCUGUUAGAACAAGAGUCCCAAAGGGCCUAAUAGAUCAUACACUCCCUCAUGUUUGCGUGACGAUAAAGUUUUGAAACAGUACACGUAAAACAACUCUGGAUGAAGAUUGACAAACUUUGAUUUGAACUCUCCUUUUUUUUCUGUUGUGUUCAAUUAUUAUCAAGAAAAUGUUAUCAGACAGCAAUUCUACUACAUCCUUUAAAGAGUCUGAUGUUUUUUAUUUUCCCUCUGUUAGGCACUUCCUUUCUACCCUCCAGCAGCCAACAUGUUAGCUACAUGGCCUCCUGCCCAACCACUUUUUCAGGACCCUAACAUGGUAAGUUUUUUUUAACACUAAAAUAAUUUUGCAUAAGAAGGAGCACAAACAAAAAGAAAUUGCUUGUAUGUAACUUAUCAGCUUAGGCAUAAGUCUUCAGUUAACGACUAGUCCAGCCACCUUUUAAGAAUCCAGUCAGAAAUGUUGCCACCCAUUAGGUGGGCCAAUAUGACAAGGUGCACAAUGUUUUGUUGCUAAUAAUUGCAAGUCAUUUUUUGCUACCCCUGUUAAUCAGUGGCAACCCAAUUUUCAUGCCUGGUCACCAACCUGGCUCCCAAGAUAGGUGACUUUCUUCUUUGGGAAAACGUACACUAAUGAUAAUCCAUUAUCUUUCACAAAACUAAAUCCAUUAAUUCUUAAAUACAAUUUUUGGUGACCAGAAUACUUGUUCUGGUGACAAAAAAUGAAAACUUGGGGGCCAGCUGGCCCCAAGAUUUUUUUCUAAAAGUCAAACAUUGCUGUUAAUGCUUUGAAGUUAUUAUGAUUGAAAUUGCCUUUCAUUACCUAGGGCUGUCACUAAGAUUUCAAGUUUCCGGUACUCUUUUUGUUCUACUUUUCCUAGCCUCAAUUUCAUCCGAUUACUUCGAGUCGUUAUUUUCCUUGAAAGUAGCAAGGGGGUGGGGUAGGGGGCAUGUCCCUAGUAGCUGGGGGAAAUUCCUGUCACCCGACCCCUUAGUUGACAGCCCUGUAUGGCCUCUAACACAAUUUUGAAGGUGUUACUUAGUGUAAGAAGCAUUCUGAUGUAUUCCCUUCUUCAUUGGUCUUUAGCCCUCAGCUUACCCUGAUGGUUUUACUCAUGGGCCACUGAAUCUUGUUGGUAGGUCUUACUUUUUCAUGUCAAAUAUAGUUCUUUUGCCAUUCAUGUACUUGAUACUACUCCAGCAGAGCCUUGUAACUGCUAAGUGUUAAUGUGACUUUUUGUUCACGUGCAAAUCACAUCUACACACCAGAGUCUUGUUAAUGAUGAUAAGGACUAGGGGACCUGCAUCAAAAUUGAUGGGGUGCCUGGAAUUGGGCCCCAUGUGACUUCUGGAUUUCUGAUAAAAUGCUAUAUUUUCCUUCCAGUUUCCCUCUAUUUAUUUUCAAGUCAAAGGGAGAAUUUGACACAAGAUCAGGAAUCUUAGGGCAUUAUUCUAUGGUUUAACCCUUUAAACCCUAAUAUCAAAAUUCAAAUUCUCAUUUGUUAUCCUUAUACGUUUUCAAUAGAAGUAGUGGGGAGAAUUUGUUGAAGUAUCAAUUAGAUUCACCUUGUGUGACCAUGUCCUCAAUUCUCAUGACCUCUGUGUUUUAUAAAGCACUGAUAUUACAAGGAGAAAUUUGAUGCUGAUCACUCUUAGGGCUUAAAGGGUUAAUUUGUCCGUGUUGUGUUAUUUCAAGCAAAUCAGAGAGGUGGUGCCAAUUGACACUGUGAACCCAAGGUGACAUCUUCAGGGUUUUCAUCAGGCAUCGGAGAUCGGAGAAUUCUCCGACUCAAUAACCUAUGAUUAUUUUUUACUCAGAUGUGGAGCCAUUUUAAAACUUCUCCUGCAACAUUGCACCUUUCUCUUGCUACUAGAAUUCUUAAUGAAAACCCUGCUUCUUGAUGUGAACAUAACUUUUCCCAAAUGUAUCUCUCCGUGGGUACAAUACAACCAAAAAUAGGGUCCCUCAAGAGUGUACAAUUGUUGUAGUGGAAACAGGAGUGACAGUUUAAGCUUCAGCUUAUUUUCUGCUAUUAUUUUGUGUUUCAUGUUGCCAAAUUGUUUGCCAUUGCUAACAUUACGUGUUUACUUAUUUUCUUAAUCUCACAGCCCCAGCCAAUACUGGACGCCACAAUUUCCAAGGAAAUAAUAGACCAAGGUAUAAAAAAGGCUCACUAAGAUGGCAAAUAAUCAUCAAUUCUAUAAACACAUUGUUAACUUAACUGUAACCUAGCCUUCGUUUCAAGCUGUAACUAUUUUCCAUGGCAAGUCGUAGAAAAUAUUUUGGCAAGUGUUUGUACAGUGUCUUGAAUUUUUGAAUAAGUCUUGAAACUGGAAAAGCAAUUUUCCUGACUUGGAAAAUUCCGGAAAUAAGAGAUAAAGUGUGGAAUUUUUUUUCAGAGCCAUGACAAGGUGAAAUCCUAUUAAAUUUCUCCCGUAGCCAAGACGUUCAAACGCCGAAUGAGAAUUUAGAAAUCUUUUAGGUCCUUAUUGCACUGUGGUUCCUGUAUGUUUGCAGAGCAUCAUAAAAAAGCUUGGUCACCUGCAUUUUUCAAGGUCUCUGUUUAUCACCUAUUUGAUAUUUUGGAGUCCAGAAAAAGAAAUUGUUGUUUGGGAAAAAAGUCUGGUAAAGCAAACUAAGACAAGCAUGUAAUAGCCCAGGGCAAGCUGAAUUUUUUCGAGUUGGUUCAAAGCCUGAACUGGAUGCCCUGGCUACUCUGCUUAAUUUAAUUUAUUUUUUGUUUUCAUUCUUAUUAUUUUGUCUAUAGACCUCAUACUUAUCAAAUUAUUUAAUUACAGGUUUCAAAAUAAUCACCAGAAACAUCACCGUGAUCAGCAAAAUGACAGAAUAGACAGAGACAUGCAGCGAAACCGGACACAGAACUCUCCUGUAAAUAACAGCAGUAAUGGGGGUGCUGUUAACAACAUUAAUAAUAGAGCCACUGGAUUCUCCAGACAAAGGGACACAAGAGAUGAUGACUAUGCAAGGUUUGAGUUUUGCAUGAAUUGUCACAUUCAUCAUAAUGUAUUGUUGGGCCUUGUUGAACUAGGAUGUUACUGUUUGUUUUGCCUUGAAAUCAACAUAGCUCCCCUUCCCAAACCUGAGCAUAUAGUUUUAGACAGUCAAUUUUAUUAUUACACUUCAGUGUGCAGCGUGCAAAGAAAGUAGUGUCCGAUAGCCCGGGGCUAGUGGAUUUUGCUAUCGGGCUAGUGAAAUCUGUUUUUAACUUGCCCGACGGGCAAGUGAUGUUCUUUGAGGAAUUCGAAUAACAGAAGAAGUGUGAAAUCAAUUCUGCUCGACGAAAAGCUUUUGGGACUAGUUGAAAUGAUGUCUGGGCUAGUAAAUGCUAGCUUCAGCUUGCCCGAAUGGCAAGCUGUAAAAAUGAUUUUCUUUGCACCCUGGUGUGCUUAUUGAAAGCUCUGGUAAUACAAAUUUUAGUCUAUGGCUCUUUGUCAGUGUUUUUUCACGUAAGCUCGACCCCCUUUUUUGCGAACCCCACAGGCAACUUGUAAAAUCACUGUUUUCCUAGCUAAUGGUUGUGUUUUUCAAUUGUUUCAGGAGAAAUGCAAGGAAUAGAAGAAGAAGGGGUAGUAGUGAAGAUGUCAGCAAGCAUUUGGUAUGUUCCUAGUUUUUUAAAAUUGCUUUGUGCAUGAUAUCAAACAACUUCAUUUCCCACUAAAUUCAUCUGGAAGCUGAAAGAAAGAAGGGUUUUUAAGUAACCCAAAGAAUUUUGGCUAUAUUCCAGGUGUUAGACUGUCUGAGUAAAUAAUUUAAAGUCAGUAGAACAAUAAUGAUAAUAUUUUUGGGGGAGUUUUUGUUGGUGCUUCAAAUAACCUUGACUGUGUCUUUUGUUCUGUAAACAAGCUGUUUCAGAGGACUGCUUCCUAGUUGAAUAAGAUUUUAGCUAGAAGGAUUACUUAGUCGCUGUUAAAGAAGCGACUUACUCCAGUCAUGUAGUUAGUUGUGUAGGAUGCAAAUUAUUUAUCUGGAAAUUCUGAGUUUUCAGCUCUGCUAGAGCCUUGUUCAUGGUGGAUACAGACUGAUCAGGUCACAAGUCUACUGUGAACAAGACCACUAGCAAUGUGUCUUGUUUUGGAUUAUUUAAUGUUGCAGCGCCAAAAAGAAGGCAAGGCGAGCCCCGUGCGACAUAGUAAAGAUGACAGUGAUACAAUAGACUUGGCUCCUUCACAUUUUCCACCUCUUCCAACAUCUCCACUUGCACUCUUUGUGAGUAUAUAUUCCUCCUCUUAUUAUACCUUUGAGCCUAACAUCAGUCAAUGUCUAUACUUUUACACACAUCCAUACAUAGAGAUUUUACAAUCAUAGCCACAUAGAGAUUCGAAAGUUCUUUUUGAGUGUUGAAAAAUAUUUCAUGAGUGAGUACAGUGAACAAGUAACAUGAAGAGAAAUUUGUGAGCUAGCGAGAUAAAUAUACUGCAUGUAACUCACCACAAGUUUCCUGUGAAAGGGUCACUCAAACAGACAAUUCUGUGAAAUGUGAAGUGAUUUGAAAAAGGCAAGUUUUUACCCAAUCAAAUUUUAAGGCUAAUAAUAAUUGGUCUAAGGCAAAGUUCACAAAAAAUGUAAAUUUUAAUCCUCAGAAUUAAGUAGUACUCUGCUUAUAUUCGACAAUUUUUUCAUGCCACAACUUGGUUUGGUAGUGAAAAGGUUAAUUACCGGCAUUUCUGGGCAUGAGUGUUCUUGCUGGGACCUAGUUCACUGAUCUCUGCAGCUACAUACAGGGAAUACUAGCAGUUAAUAUUUUGUUAUGUCUGUGCAGCUCAGCAAAGAAAGGCAGUUAACUGUUUUAAAUUUAUGACAAUGUUUCAGGGAACAUAAUUAAUCAUUAUGGUAUACUGUUAAGUGAGUUGUUUCAAAAGCAUCAAAUCUCUAUGUUUUGUUUUGUUCUCAGAAAACUCAGGGUUCCAAAGAAUUUCCAGACGCUAAGGUAAUCUAAAUGAGAACUUUACUUGAAUAGUGAAAUGUGACACACUAGGGAAGGACAUUAAUUAAUGACAGAAUGAAUUGGACAUUUGCUUUGCAAAACAAGUACCAGAUGUAACAGUUCUCACGAAUGCUUUUGGUUUUCUAUGUAAUGGGUAUAACAGAAAAUGGACUUAAUAUCAGACCUAAAAAAUGAGAUCUAUCUAUUGACUAAGUUUGACUGGACCUCAUGAAGAAUUCAGCUUUUCAUUUAGAUUUUUGUAAGGAAGCUCGAAAUUGAUUUAACAGUAAUCAUUUCUCCAGAUUAUUGACUCAGUGAAAUACUACUUGGUAAAAUUUGUCAGGUGUAUCUUACUCAUCGGCUUCUGUUGUUGAUAGUUUCCUCUUACACAUUUUUUUUGCUGGUUUACAGUCAAACCAGGUCAAGCGUACCCCCCAAGAAUCCAUUAAUGAAUUUAUUAUUCAAAAGGUGAAUCCGUUGCUAGUUGUAGAUUUCAGAUUGAUCUCUGCAUUCUUGUAUGUGUAAUGAGCCGUGAAUUCACGCGCGAGGCAGUUAUGAAAUUUCUACCAGCUCCAUUUUCCUGAAAUUGAUGUAAAUGUCUUCUAAGAAGCUUAAUCCAUUCAAAGAUGUCCAAUCUGACCAAAUACAGAGAAGUUCUUGUAAAAUAUUCACUGCUCAUUACGCAUGCAGAAAUGCCGCUUUGAAUUUGACACCAGUUACGGGAACGACUAACGGAUUCAUUUUUCAAAUAAUCAAUUCACUGAUAGAAUCUUAGGGGGUACGCUUGACUUGGUUUGACUGUAAAAGUGGCCCUUUUUUAAUUUCAGGAACCUUCAUCACCACAGGACAAGAAAGUAAACCCAGUUCCAAACUCUUUUGAGUAAGUAAUCAGAACUCUACUGUAGUCUUUUAUCAGCUUUUAUUGUUGUGUAGCUGUUGUGGUAUGGCAUAUUGUGUUUAACCCUUUAACCCAUUCGCCCCUGAACCGCCCGUAACCGCCCGUGUACGACAACCCCCUAAUUCCCUGAACCGCCCGUAACCGCCCGUAAAAAUGGCCGCUGGAUUCAGUCCAUUCCCCUCUCCACCCGGGUGUUUUUUUGUCUUUUGUUUUCACAGAGUGAUUGAUGGAUAAUAAACCAAUCAUUUGCCAUCUUUUGCGCAUUUUUUGACAGAUGAUGAGAAGCACCACAGGGUCGGGUUUUUCGAAGAGCACGAGCAAAAGAAAUUCGCGAGAGUAAUGGCCGCCUGUGUCGAUUUCGAAUCAAAGUUCGCAUCACGUUCGAGAGAAUAGAGAGAUAAUUCGACUCUUGAUCACUUCAGGUUGUUGAACAGACCUUGUGAAAAACCUUCUGAUUGAGAUUUAAACGAUCUUAAGACUGAAAAAGACAAUCCUAGCCCUCAAAUUGCCGAGCGCUUCGUAGGUAAACAAACCGCAUGGACUAUCGAUGAAAACUUACCUCGUUCAUUUCAUUUACUUGCAUCCAAGUACCGUGUUCCUCGCAGCAAAUGUUUUAAAUGUAACUGUUUCUUGAACUGCUGAAGGUGAUGCUUUUGUAGAGUUAAAAGUUUGAACAAGGAAACGGAUUAUGUGCGACGAUCGAUUUGGAUUGACAAUCCCCAUGAAUAAAAUUAUAAAAUUUACUUCACAUCGCGCGGAAGCUCACGGAGAAUAAACGGUAACCGUCUUUUUAUUCAAUUAUUUACAGUUGCCAAAUGAUGCUUUUUGUGUGCUUAUUUUCUUUUUUUAUAACUAUUAACACCUAUCGGUUUGUGCAUUGGUAGAUAAAGCAUUAAUAAAGCAAGUUUGGCAUUUAACUUAUUUGUGCUUUACUUUGUUGAUCGGACAUGAUCGGGGAGGCACUUCAGUUCAGGAUAUCAAAUACGCUUCCCUGAAAGAUUGCGGCUUUGUCACCUUCUCUGGUGAAAGUGAUCAUUUAUUUUAUUGUUGACAUUCAAGAAUCGAAAAAUAUAUGAAAGAGUGGGAAGCUGAAGUCCAGCAUUCCCUUUUUUUAUUAAGCUUUCCCAUGCUUGAUGAUGUGGAACUCUUCUGUUCAGAUCGCUCUUCGUGAAGUGAUCAUCACCGAAGUUUCACUACAUUUUUCUACGGUGCUUCUCGACUGGACUGAUCUGAAAGAGAACUUAAUGAAAUAACUUUCAGUAAAAUGACUUUACAGUGUUGUUGAUGUUUUAUCGACUGUGUUUAUUCCUUUAACAGCGUUUUUGUUCCCCGUUUCACCAUUGAUUUAUCAGUGCAAUUAUCGCGCGGCGAAGAAAUUUUGUUGAAAUUCAUUGUUUUCGCCUCUUUCCACAGCUUUUUCUUUCUCAAAUUGCUAUUUUUUUUACAUACCCUGGCUGCCCAUUAACUCAUCUAAAAGAAAAAGUUUGUUUGAAAGCCAGAGUUUAUCUCUGGUUUUACUGCGCAUAUGGUUUAUUUUAGGCGCUCGCGUACGCUGAUUUUCAACCGAAAAUUGCCAGGGAAUUGGGGGGUUGUCGCACGUAAAAGUCCCAGGAGUGAAUGGGUUAAACCCUAAGAUCAAAAUUUGAAUUCUUAUUUGUUACCCAUAUUCAUUUCCUACAGAAGUAGUGGGAGAGGUUGAUAAAAUAUCAAGCAAAUUCACCUUGUGUAAUCAUGUCCAUAAUUCUCAUAACCACUAUGUUUAACAAAGCAUUGAUAUUACAAGGAGAAAUUUGAUGCUGAUCACUCAUUGCUUAAAGGGUAAAUACUGAGGGAUGUUACCAUUGUGAAGAUCUGCUUAUCUCUGUGACUUCCAAAAAAGCCCAGACAUAAAAAUUCAAGAUUAUUUUAGGAAUUAGGGGUGGGGGUUACUUUUUACAAUGGUUUGAUUACCUUUGGAAGGGAUUUUGUAUUUGAAAACAGUGGGCUAAAUUAGGUGAUCGUGGUGCUUUGCCUUCAGAUGAAACUCAAUCCUUUUCGUGCAGGGCAUAUGGUUCAUAACAUUGACUGCAUAAUUUUUUAUAGUCAUAGAGUGAACACAGAAGUCAAACAGAAGGAACCACCUUCUCCUGUUAAAGUUGAAAACAAGAAAGUGCCAGAGACAAAGCCCAUUCCCCAGUCUGCGGUGAGUAACUUGCCCUACAGUGCAAACUGUGGUCAUCACCUUGUUCUAAAAUAAAUAAAUGAAUGAAUGAAUAAAAUAAAUAAAUAAGGAUUUAAAGGUAGCAAAUCCACUGAAUGGUUCUUUGUCUACCUUAUUCGAGGCCCUGUGAGGGUAAAAUUCUGGCAAGGACAUGGCCUUGAAACAGUGACAUAGGAAAGCAGAAGUGGCGACAAACGACACAAAGAUGGGUUAAAACUGCGACGGCCACAGAGAAAAGUGCAAAUACAAUAGUAAAAUACAAACAUCAACAUGGCUUCCUCCUUAACCCUUUAAGUCGCAAUAUCCACAUACAAAUUCUCCAAACUGAUCUUGAUAUAUUUCCUUAAAGAAUGAGUUGAGAGAAUUUGAUAAAAGAUCAAAGCAUUUUCUCUUAGGUGAUCAUUUUAUUAAUUCUCAUAACCUAAUCUCUGGACAAUGUAUGGAUAUUGUUAGGAGAAAAUUAAUGUUGGUCACUAUUGGGACUUAAAGGGUUAAUACAUGAAACGACAGGUUUUGACAUUCAGACAAGAGACACACAUAACCUCCCUAAGAGGGUCUCUGAUUCCUGGUGGAACUGAAAUUUGGAAAUGUUGACUUUUGAGGAGAGGACAAAACCAGAGUACGGAGAGAAAAACCUCUGGGAGCAAAGGAGAGAACCAAAAACGAACUCAACCCUUAUAUUAUGACAUCUCUCAGAUAAUUUUACUUUUCUGGGAAACUGCCCACCUACCCCUCCCCUAAACCAACCUUAACACCUAGUUCUUACUUAGGGCAAAAUGUUGACUUAGGGAAGGGGUAGGUGGGCAGUUUCACAGAAAUAUAAAAUGAUGCCAUCUCUCAAAGCUUCUGAAACUGUCCCUAAAUUUCUCUCCUUCCUUUGUUGGUUGUCUUAAUAUCAUGCUUCCAAUGUCUGCUUUAUGCGUUAGAAUUUUGAACUAGGUGUAGACACAAUAAACACUUGAGUCUGAAUAUCAGAAUCUGCAGUGAUCCAAGUGUUGAGCUUACAACUCCUGUUUCACCAGUGAUGAGAGGGAGCUUAAGCAAAGGCAUUUUUGAUCGAUGGAUUUCAUCCAGAAAUGGACGUUUUGCAUUCUUGGAUAGUGGAUUUACAUACAUACGUACACACAUACAUACAUACAUACUUGUAUUCUGGGUAGAACGUAUUUCAUAGAGCGCUCAAUUCAUUUAAUUGAAGAGCAUUGACUAUUAAUAAUCACUGGAGUUCAGGCUUCAGAAGUAAUCAUUGAUCGUUUAUUACGACAGUGCUGUUUCGGUCAAUCGUUGAAGUUGCCUGAUGAGUGUGGUCCAACAAUUUCGGACCAUACGAAACAGCACUGUCGCAAUAAACGAUCAAUGAUUACUUCUGAAGCCUGAACUCCAGUGAUUAUUACAACAUACAUACAUACAUACAUCCUUUAUUAUCUUCCUUAAACAAGGCUUGUCAAAGAUAAGUAAAUUUGCCCAAAAUUUCAGGCAAAUUGUCUCUUUGUAAGGGUAAAGGAGCUUAAGCGAUGCAAAUUUGGUAGUGUUGAGGCAUAUUAAAAGGGAAAAGGCUGCAAUUCUGGUUGAUUUGCGUUGCUCAGAAAUGUCUUUGCUUAAACGUGCUAUCACUAAGGUGAAAGCACAUGUGAAUGGUCCUUUCAUUACUGUGGUUGUUCCUUUGUUCCUUACAGUCAGUAAACUUAUGUAAACCCAGAGACUAACCAAUCGAAGAGAGUAGGCUGGCACUUGCAAAUAUCACCAUUUUCUGAAAUUAUAUUUUGGUGGUUGCUUUAUUGCAGGAAGAUGUAGUGCAAUCGACAACGGUGUUAAGUUAUGCUCAAGUAACCCAGAAAACCCCUACAAAGCAAACUGCUGUUUCCUCAGCUAACUCAAAUAACAACCAAUCCAAGUCGCCCACCAAGUGA